CACACUUUCUUCAAUUCUCCCCAUCUUGGAUAGACGUCCUCCUUGCUGCUGGACAGUAGCGUUGCAUCGAAUCAGUUAUACCCCUUCCAUUCAUUUGAACCAAAGAGAUACCCUUUUCUCCAAGACGCUCCUUUCUCUUCCUUUCCCAUCAACAGCCGGCUGUUCUCUCGCAACUCUUCUAUCCAACUACCCGUCAUCGACAUAUCCAUAUUUCUAUACAUAUACGCCCUUACUUGCGCUACACGCCCAGGCUGCUGUGAGCCGCAACGAGCCUCUUCACCAUCCAAACCCGCGCAGGGAACCAAGAAAGCGCUUCUCACCAAUCAACCUAUCUCUCACCACUCUCUCUCUCUCUCUCUCCAAAGAAAAGAAGAAAAACACCCCCUUCAACCAAACAACGACCGAAGAAAAACGAACAAGAAAAAUGGCUCUCGAAUUCCUCGCCCCGAUAACAACGCCCGCCGCCCUCCGCUCCGUCCAGGCCGACGCCUCACCCCUCAUCACCACCAUCCUCGUGCUCAUCGGGCUCAGCUUGGAAGGUGGCAUCAUCGCCUGGAUCCAUUUCGCGACAAAGGACCCCAAUGCGAAACCAAAGGAGAAGAAGAAGGGCGGCUUCUUUGGGUUCCUGAAGAAAUAA